AUGGACGUAAGAACUAACAAUAUAAAUAUCAACAACUCCUCAGAGUUACUAGGUGUUGAUUCAACGCGUCAGAGUAGUGUUGGUAUACCUUCUACAACAACCUUUGACAGACAAGCUACGAUUGAAGCUUCUACUCAACAUUUGACCAACCCAAAUAGCGCAAAUUCUCAUAAUUCU